CUGACAAUAAUGACACUAGUUUUACUGAGAAUAGCAGUUUUACCCGGGAUGCCGAAACGCAAAGGCUUUGAUAACGUUACAUCACUGGCUGAACUUGUUCAUGUGUUGUCACUUGUAAAGUAUGACAUAAAAUUUGUCCGUGGCGAUCAUCUAUGAACUUGAUUAGCCUGCUUGAUUAUCAUUUGUAAGAGGAGACACGAUGGAUCAUGAUGAGGAGACCAGACCACUGUUGGUCAAUGAUGAACAAACAGAAGAGGACAGAUCCGAGCAGGACUCCUACCUGGAUAAAGUUAAAAAUGGGAAGUUAUACAUGGCCACAUUCGCAGCAGUUCUGGGACCCCUGAGUUUUGGGUUUGUGCUGGGCUACAGCUCUCCUGCCAUACCUGAACUCUGCAGAAUCCAAGACCCGAGACUGCAGCUCAACAGAGAUGAGGCUUCAUGGUUUGGGUCUGUGGUGACCAUUGGUGCGGCUCUUGGGGGUCUUCUGGGAGGAUGGAUUGUGGAGAAGAUUGGACGAAAGUUGAGCCUUAUGUUCUGUGCAAUACCAUUCAUCUUUGGGUUUACCAUCAUUAUUGCUGCUCAGAACCACUGGAUGUUAUAUGUGGGCAGAGUUCUCACUGGUCUGGCCAGUGGAGUGACUUCACUUGUUGUACCACUUUACAUCUCUGAAAUGGCUCAUGAGCGUGUUAGGGGAACUUUGGGAUCCUGUGUGCAACUCAUGGUUGUGAUAGGCAUUAUGGGAGCCUAUUUAGCAGGUUUGUUCUUGGACUGGCAAUGGUUAGCAAUCACAUCCUCUAUCCCUCCCGCACUAAUGUUGGUGUUUAUGUGCUUCAUGCCGGAGACGCCACGGUUCCUGCUCUCCCAAGGGAAAAGAAGAGAGGCAGAGGAGGCCCUGCGCUUUCUCAGGGGUCCUGAUGCCCCUGCAGAGUGGGAGUGUGCGAGAAUAGAAGAGGCCUACAAAAAUGAAGAGCAAAGCUUCAGUCUGGCGGAUCUGAAGGACCCUGGUGUCUAUAAGCCUUUAGGUGUAGGCAUUAUGAUGAUGCUCCUCCAGCAAUUUACUGGCAUUAAUGCCAUCAUGUUUUAUGCAGAGACGAUCUUCGAGCAGGCCCAUUUCAAAAGCAGCGAUGUGGCCACUGUUAUUGUUGCAGCCACACAGGUGGUCUUCACUGCAGUUGCUGCUGUUAUCAUGGACAAGGCUGGGAGGAAAGUUCUUCUCAUCUUUUCUGGUGUUACCAUGUGUGUUAGUGAAGCAGUGUUUGGAGUGUAUUUCAAGUUGACUGUGAUGAAGCACAAUAACUCCUCACUGACGAGUUUACUAACAGACGCCCAGGGUCCUCUGGCGGAGCAGCCCCCGACAGACCUGGCCUGGCUGGCUGUGGGAAGCAUGGGCCUUUUUAUUACAGGUUUUGCUCUCGGUUGGGGUCCUACUCCUUGGUUGGUGAUGUCCGAGAUCUUUCCCACGCGAGUGAGGGGAUUAGGCAGUGCUCUGUGUGUGCUUACCAACUGGACCUGUGCCUUCAUUGUCACCAAGACCUUCCACAACCUUAUGGAUGCCAUAACUAGUGCAGGGACAUUCUGGAUGUUCUCAGGACUGUGUGCUCUCAAUGUCAUCUUCACUGCUGUGUUUGUCCCUGAGACUAAAGGCAAAACUUUGGAGGAGAUUCAAGCUCGUUUUAAAGGGACUUAUCAGCGCUAGACAAUUUUUCUCAGUGCCAACAUCAAAAUAUUGAAGAAACAAGUUGCACUGACAUGUUAGAAACAUCUAAUGUUUUAAAAUAAUGAAAAUGUUUACAGAUCGAAAAUGUGUAUUUGACACUUUUCUGUUCUCUUAAUGUGAUUUGUCAUUGAAUUAGCGUGAUAGAUAGUGGCUGAUGUUUCAGUGUUCAAGAAUUUUUAACAUGACUCAUCAUACUGUUACUAUGGGUACACCCUUAAACAUCAUGACUUUACAUUGUGUUUAUUUUUGAGCUUCUUUGCAAGUCACAUGAUGGAUGUUUUUUUAGAAAGGUCUCUCAAUAUAUUGUGCAUGAACAACUAUUCGUUUGACGCAGAGUUUUUAAGCUUUUUUCCAUUAGUUUUCAUUGCAUUUCCUCUGUAUCAAGAUAGUAGCUCAUGUUACGUUUUAAAAUUAGUAUGUGCGUGGCUCACAUUCUAAUUUAAAAUGUAACUCAACUACUAUUUGAUCUGAUUUGAUCAAUCUCAAAAAUAUUUCUGAAAUGUUGAGUAUAACUUGAAACUCAUUUUUAUAUUCUGUAGAUAUAUUGUUAGAAAAGUAAAAUAAGAAUUUAAUUACCUGCACUGGUGACCUACAUAAUUUUUUUUUCUGACCUCACUUUUUCAUUUUAUUUGGUGUAUAACAAAGAAAUUGAACCAAGUGCGAUAAUACUAAUUAAUACUAAUUCCUUUAAUAUACAUGGUUACUGAAGAACUCUUUGUUGUUUGCUUCAUUCAUGAGGUGAGCAAAAUUAAACCAAACUCUCAAAAGUGAAGAUG